AGCUGAUGUACGAAGGGCUAUAUAAAUACAUUUGAUUUGAUGCCAUAACCGUGAUUCAUUGAAGGUGAGCAUUCCUGAGCAGAUGAGCUUUCCUGAGACAGUUUGUACAGAAAUUAUUUGGUUGUGCAAAUCCACGGUUUCAUCAGCUGUCCAGGUGGCUGGUCUCCGACGAUCUGGCAGGUGAAGAAGCCAAAUGUGGAGAUCCUGGGCUGGUGUGGUUACAUGUGGUCUGCGGUUGUGAUGCUGGUUGGAUGUACUGCCAAUUUCUCUAAAAUGAAGUUGGAGGCGGCUAAUGGUAGAACAAGGAACAUAAAAUUCUCUGGCAAAAGCUCUGGUGGACAUUCCUGCAGUCAGCGUGCCAAUUGCACGCUCCCUCAAAACAUGAGACAUCUGUGGCGUUGUGUUGUGGGACACAACUUCCCAUUUUAGAGUGGACUAUUGUCACCAGCACAAGGUGCACCUGUGUAAUGAUUAUGCUGUUUAAUCAGCUUCUUGAUAUGCCACAUCUAUCAGGUGGAUGAAAUUAUCACCAAUAGGGAUGUUAACCAAUUUUCUGCACAACAUUUGAGAGAAAUAAGCUUUCUGGGAUCUUUUAUUUCAGUUCUUGAAGCAUGGGACCAACACUUCACAUGUUGGAUUUAUAUUUUUGUUCAGUGUUUUUGUCAUGUGACUAACCACAGAUCAAGAUACAUAAAAUUCGCAUUCUCCAGGGAUGCAAACAGGAAUUCAAAUGGCAUGGUCACAAAUAGGAACUCAUUUAUUUCUGACCAGGAUUUGAAAUUUAUUUGAUCAGAUUUUUCAAUGACACAAACAACCUCGCAAACAAAUUUCUCAAAACAUUGUGACACAAAACCAGUGGUUGUUGAUACAAAAAUCUUACAAACCACAUACUGUACAAUGUAGUCUUUCUAAGGGUUAUAUGAUAUUUGUGUUUGUCCUUGAGCUAUGAUGAGUCUGAGUGUAGAUGAGUCUGUGAGUGUAGGUUGGUGUAAUCAUGGCCUUUAUGAAUUUUGAUGAAUGUGUGGUCUUUGAGACAACGACUCUCCUCUUGGAACUGGUCCUGAAAAGUUGUUCUUCUAGGAGUGUUUAUAUCUGGACACACACACGUACUCACCAGCGCUCCUGUGCUGGUGCUCCUAUUGUUUUGCAUGACAGUGUGGUAUUAUUUUAGGCUUUGUGAUGGCCGGUAUUGUUCCCCAGUGGGGUCUUUUGUGUUGGAGGGCUAUGGUGACGCUGCAGGGGCAGGUUUGUGCUGACGCUGGCCUGUAGGGAUGACAGGGCCUGAUAUGGCCGAAUGAGUAGUCCAGAGAGAGUCAGCAGCAAAGCAGCUCAGAAAUGGAGUAGGACCUGGGCACGUACACACUCUCUCAUACACAUUCUUAAUAACAGUUUGUUCAUCCAACUGAAGCACAGCCAUGCAGGAAUCUCCUGGCUCUAUUGGUGUGGAUGGGGGUUAUGCCAGUAAUGUGCCUGCCUUCCUAACCAAACUGUGGACCCUGGUCGAGGACCCGGACACCAACCAUCUCAUCUGCUGGAGUGCUACUGGAACCAGCUUCCAUGUUUUUGACCAGGGAAGGUUUGCCAAGGAGGUGCUGCCAAAAUACUUCAAACAUAACAACAUGGCCAGCUUUGUCCGUCAGCUCAACAUGUAUGGCUUCAGGAAGGUGGUGAACAUAGAGCAGAGUGGCCUGGUGAAGCCAGAGCGAGACGACACAGAGUUCCAGCACCUCUACUUCCUGCAAGGCCACGAACACCUGCUGGAGCACAUCAAGAGGAAGGUCUCCAUCGUGAAGAGUGAGGAGACUAAAGUACGACAGGAGGACUUGAGUAAGCUGCUGUAUGAGGUGCAGGUGCUGCGCAGUCAACAAGAGAACAUGGAGUGUCAGAUGCAAGACAUGAAACAGCAGAAUGAGGUGCUGUGGAGAGAGGUGGUCUCACUGAGGCAGAACCACACCCAGCAGCAGAAAGUCAUGAACAAGCUGAUUCAGUUCCUAUUCAGCCAGAUGCAAUCAAACGCACCCAGCACUGUAGGAAUGAAGAGAAAGCUUCCCCUCAUGUUGGAUGUUGGCUCCACCACACCUCCAGCCUCUAAGUUCAGCCAUAGCCACCAAAUGGAGUCCCUGCAUGAGCCCUUCUAUAUCCAGUCGCCAUCUACAGAAACUGCCUCUUGCUCCAAUAGUGCAAUGACAGGAGGACCAAUCAUAUCAGACGUUACGGAAAUGUCACAAACCACCAACAUGGCCAUUCAAAUGCAAACAGAGGAGACAAGGGAUAAGUGUAUGAUGCUUAUCAAAGAGGAACCAGUGAGCCCAGGGGUGCGAGGCCGGGGGGAAGGUGUUCCACUGGGCUCCUGCGAGGUGUGUUCUGAACCCCCUGUCCUCCAUGUUGCCAUGGUACAGUCCGUCCUGGAGGGCAGAGGGUCUGGAGCAGAGAGGAGGAGCAAGAGACCUGCUCUGGAAAGACCAGAAGUACCUGAUGCUGUAGAGAAUGUGGACAUGAGUCUAGAGGACUUGCAGCUUCUCCUGAGGACCCACCAGCAAAGCGUGGAGCCCACCGCUGCUGUCAUAGAUCCAUUCAAUUUCAACCUGCCCUUGAGUGAGUGGAACUUUAAUGAUAUGGAGUCCAACCUAAAAUCAUACAUGUUUCAGAGCCAGGAGGCAGAGGCUUACCCCAACGCUGGAUGUGAGGAACAGUAACAGCUUGACAGAUCAGCUGACACAGGCUAGUCCUGACAAAGACAGGCCAGAAAACAAGACAUUCCUCAAGGCUCUCAGAUGUGUUCCAUCCGCAGUCGUCACGUCUUAGAUCCAGCGCACCUGACCCAAUGUGAGCAGAGCAGGAGAGAUUCCUGUCACUCAGAGCUCUGUGGGCCCACCUUCCAUCCACCAGACUGUCAGAUCUGGGGAGUUUUUUUCAGAAGCACUAUAUGGCUUUUCAGAGAACCAGAGGUUAAUCUAUUUGGAAUUAUUCAGACUUCCUUCACUGAAGUUCAACAGUUUUAUUGGUGGAGACCCUGGCAGUUUUCACUUCAAAAGUUGAUCCGCAGGACAUCCUGACAUAAGCAAUGUCUUCUCUCUCUAAAACUGGACUGAGCUACAUUUCGAGUGCCUGACUGAGGGACUUCAACUCAUGAAAGACCAACCGACCAGUUGAUAUUUCAAGGAUAAAUUCCUAGCACAGAAUUGGAGUACAACCAUCAAGUUCUACUAUUCUCUGCCAUCAUUCCAGUGGUAGUAUGCAAAGUUGCAUCAUACCAAAGUGGCCCAAGUUUGUAAGCACUUUAGUCUGUGUGUGAGAGUUUCUGCUUGUGGCGCUGAUUUAUUUCCCAAAUAGCCCAUUUGGUAUGAAAAUUAUAUUCUUGUGCAAAUACUAUAUUUGUAUUUCAAAAUGAUAUUCAUAAAAUUACAGAAAUAGUGUUAUCUUCUGUAUGUUUUAAUGUGAGAGGUCUAGGAAAUAUUUAUGAUAGACUUCCCAUUUGAAAAAACAAUGAAGACACCAUACAUUGCUGUUUUGCACAAUUUGUAUCACAAUUUAUUCUUAAUCACAAUCCAUAUAUUUCCCUUGAAACAGUGCAUUUGGGCACUCCUGUGCACAAGAGUAACUUAGACAAAUUGUUAAAUACUGUGCAUUAGUCAAAUGUAGAAGAAGAGCUAGAUGACCCAACUUCAGCUGACGUUUAGAUAAGAUCAAUGUGUAGACUCACUAAACAGAGAGGAAAGAGAGAUGUACUAGUGUCACUAAACCUGUGUCUGUCUAUUUGUCUUUUCUCUUCCAUCCAUAUAACUUUCUAGCUACCACAUCUCUCUUUUUUUCUGAUUAGUUUAACCUGAUUUAUUAUAGAUAAACAUUAUGACCUUCCAUUGAUUUUAGUCGUGGAUAGAGGCAAAGUAACGUUUGAUUUCAAGACAGAUGAAGAGCCUCCCUAGAGCAUUUGGACUCUACAAUGCCUCCAUUUGUUUCAGAGACAGGCCAAAUCCCAUAUUUGGAUUAUACACAAUAUACAAACAAAAGUAUGUGGACACCCCUUCAAAUUAGUGUAUUCAGCUAUUUCAGCCAGACCCGUUGCUGACAGGUGCAUAUAAUAGAGGACACAGCCAUGCAUUCUCAAUAGAUGAACAUUGGCAGUAGACUGGCCUUACUGAAGAGCUCAGUGACUUUCAAUGUGGCACCGUCAUAGGAUGCCACCUUUCCAACAAUCAGUUCGUCAAAUUUCUGCCCUGCUAGAGCUGCCCCGGUCAACUGUACGCACUGUAAUUGUCUAGGAGCAACAACGGCUUAGCCGCGAAGUGGUAGGCCACAAGCUUUACAGAACAGGACCGCCGAGUGCUGAAGUGCACAGCAUGUAAAAAUCAUCUGUCCUCGGUUGCAACUCACACUACCAAAUUCCGAACUGCCUCUGGAAGCAACAUCAGCCCAAGAACUGUUCGGGAGCUUCAUGAAAUAGGUUUCCAUGGGAAAGCAGCCGCACACAAGCCUAGGAUCACAAUGUGGAAUACCAAGCGUCGGCUGGAGUUGUGUAAAGCUCGCCGCCAUUGGACUCUGGAGCAGUGGAAAUGCGUUCUCUGGAGUGAUGAAUCAAGCUUCACCAUCUGGCAGUCCGACUGACAAAUCUGGGUUUGGAGGAUGUCAGGAGAAUGCUACCUGCCCCAAUGCAUAGUGCCAACUGUAAAGUUUGGUGAAGGAGGAAUAAUGGUCUGGGGCUGUUCAUGGUUCGGCCCCUUAGUUCCAGUGAAGGAAAAUCUUAAUGUUACAGCAUACAAUGACAUUCUAGAUGAUUCUGUGCUUCCAACUUUGUGGCAACAGUUUGGGGAAGGCCCCCUGAUUCAGCAUGACAAUGCCCCAGUGCACAAAGCAAGGCCCAUACAGAAAUGGUUUAUGGAGAUCGGUGUGGGAGAUCUUGACUUGACUGGCCUGAACACAGCUCUGACCUCAACCCCAUCGAACACUUUUGGGAUGAAUUGGAACGCAGACUGUGAGCCAGGCCUAAUCGCCCAACAUCAGUGCCCAACCUCACUGAUGGCUGAAUGGAAGGAAGUCCCUGCAGCAAUGUUCCAACAUCUAGUGGAAACCCUUCCCAGAAGAUUUGAAGCUGUUAUAGCAGCAAAUAGGGGACGCACUCCAUAUUAAUGCCCAUGAUUUUGGAAUGAGAUGUUUCGACGAGCAGGUGUCCACAUACUUUUGGUCAUGUAGUGUGUCUUUAUUAUACAAACUCCAGAAGGUAUGGAUGUGGACUGAUGAUGUAGGAGGGGGGUGCAAUACCCCCCCCCCCCCCCACCCUCUUUCUCAAUGAUCUGAGCAGGCUCAUAUGAUUUUGAUAGACAUCCUAUAUUCCUCAGAUAAUUUGGAAUUUGUGGAAAACCAUCAGAAUCUGAAGAAACACCAGUGCACUUCUUUUGACUGUGGAGGACACAUCUACAUGGAAAACAGCCCAGGUCUUGACAAUCUUCCUUUUGAACUGAUAAUACUAUACUGUGCAAUAUUACAGAGUUGUGAGAAUUCACAAGGUUGCAAUACAUCAAUGACCCUUGGAAUGUAUAAAGUAACUGUAUCAGAGGCUGCAUCUCAUAAGUAACACCUGUAGACUAUAAUCUUAGAAGAGGGAAAUGUAAGGUGGCGUAUAAUUGAAAUUGCACUAAGAAUUAUCAUUGUAUUAGAUUUAGCAGUGUUCAUUUAGACUUAGUAUUUAUCAGUGUUUUCUUUAUUACUGAAAUAUGAGUGUUUCUCUGAUUUGCUAGGAGUGAUACUUUACAUUCAAUUGGCAUUGUAUUUAUUUUUUAUUCAUUUGCACUGAUCAGAUGUUGAUGAUCGGAUGUUUUCAAAUAUAAUGCUUGUCAAGAUUGCAGACUCAUCAAAGUAUUUACAUUUUUUGGAUUAAUCAUCAUCUUCUGUAACAAAAGAAAUCCAUCGUUAUAAUGCAUCAUUGUCUAUGGCUUUGCAAGGACAGUGUUGUACAUGGGCAGAACUGGACUAAAGUCACAAUGAAACAAAACAUGUAUGCAAUGACAAUAAAAGUAGUUAAAAAUAAAAGUGA